UUUUAAGCAUCCCACAGAUACAUCCAUGGACUAAAAACACAUGCGGCUUCUCGUUGACAACACAUGAACACUUCCGUUCUCCGGCUCUGCUCGCUGCGAUUGGCCGGAGUGGGGCCGCGGUGCAUGCCGGGCCGGAGGCGGACAGCUGUCUUCACUUUGUGGAGGACCGACGUCAGUGUUUGUGCUGCUCUGGGGAAGAUGGCGGAGGCUGCGGCUGUUCCACCGCAUCGGUUUUUCUGUCACUGUUGUAAGGGAGAAGUGAACCCCAAACUCCCGGAGUAUAUCUGUCCAAGAUGUGACUCAGGGUUUAUCGAGGAAGUAACAGAAGACUCCAGUCUCCUAGAGGGUGGCGCUAACGGGAUAGAUGACGCAGCCACACAAUUUGCAGAGCUAUGGCACCUGUUGUUACUGGAGCGGCCAUUUACGACAGACGCUGACACACCUGACUCAGAACCUCGGCUCCCUGGAGGGCGCUUAGGAGGUCUCAGUGACCUGGGGGGGUUGGGAGGGGGACCAAUCGGGGGGUCAGUCCCAGCAGGCCUAGGGGGACCUAUGGGGGGUCUACUAGGCCCUGGGGAACACUGGGGACCGGGUCGUCCCCCUCGCCUGCACAACCAGAGGAGAUACCGGUCCAGAGGCAGCAGUAGACCAGACCGCUCGCCUGCUGUGGAGGGGAUUGUGCAACAGUUUCUCGCCGGCCUCUUUGCCAACUCUGGAGUCCCUGGCUCACCUCCCCUCUCAUGGACGGGGAUGCUGCAUUCUAACCCAGGGGAUUACGCCUGGGGACAGGGGGGGUUAGACGCUGUGAUAACGCAGUUACUAGGUCAGUUGGAGAACACAGGACCUCCCCCAGCAGAGAAAGAGAAGAUCUCUUCUCUCCCAACUGUUAAUAUCUCUCAGGAACAAGCAGACUGCUGUAUGGAAUGUCCGGUGUGCAAAGAGGACUUCGCAGUGGGAGAGCCAGUCAGACAGCUACCCUGUAACCACUUCUUUCAUUCAGACUGUAUAGUACCAUGGCUGGAAAUGCAUGACACAUGUCCAGUGUGUAGGAAGAGUUUGAACGGAGAAGACAGCAGCAGCCAGCCCCCAUCAGAGUCCCCCACCCUCUCCAUGGACCCCCGCACACAGGAGAGAUGGUCCUUCUGAGACACCCACCAGUCUCAUCCCUCGGUUCCCCUCGCCUACAUCCAACAACACACCGAGAAGACAAAGUGCUUCUCACUUUCCUCUUUUCAUCUCUGUUGCAGUCAUAAUCAUCUCAGUCUGACAUUUUUUUUGUAUUUUUAUUUUCUAUUUUAAUGCCUUUCUCCUCAACCAUGUAUACAACUACCCGUACAGACGUCUUAACAGUCGGUUGAGGUCUGCUAUAUCUCUUUUUUUUGCCUCAUAACAAACCAGCCUAGAUUGUUGAUGAUCAAGCCCAUGUCUUCUCUACUUCCACCCCUCAAACAAACUCCUUUUACAUCUUUCUUGAAAUGCACUGCUGCAAUACACUAUUGUGGGGAAAUGCCAGACUUUAUAUCAUAUACCAUGCCCUCUUUACUCAUCGAAAAAUUACCUGCUACUGAGCCCUGUUCGGCAUAUGGGAAAACUGUAGGGGUUACUUUCAUUCUUGGCAUUUACAGGGGCUGGACCUAACAACAUGAACACCUAUAGCCCUGCAAUAAACGUUAUGUUCAUGAAGGGUAUAACGAUACGUUUUUGUUUUUUUGUCAGGAAGAUCUUGGUUGGUUAUUUAUUCUGGUGGUGUUUUAUUUGAUUGUAUUGUUAAGGUGUUCAUAUUAUUGUGUCCACCCUCUGUAGUUUACUUCAAUAACAGAUCACAACUGAGUAUUUAAUAGGAAUCAUGUUGAGUUGCUGCUGUUUAAUGGCCACAAUUCGAGGCUUUUACAGCGACUGAACUUCCUUACACCUUUUGGGGAAAAUAAAUAUACCAGUAAGGGAAUGAAUUGGCCCAUUAUCUGAUAAUUUAGAUUUAAAAAUACUCCUCCUGGUGUAUAUAUUAUAAACAGAUGGCAUCCCUCUGUCGUUUUAUUCCUCUGUUUAUGACCGUCUUUUGUUUCACAUUUUUUUUAUCACUUUUGUUUUUGAUGUAAAUAAUUUUAGUCCAACAACUUAUGGUUUGCAAAGGAAAAAAAAUGAGAAUGGAGACACAAAUGUGAAAUACCCGGUUAUCGAACUGUAUAUUAUAUAUAUGAAAAAAAUGUCUAUGAUGUAUUAAUAAAUUGACAAAAAAAUGGU